AUGGCAACAGCAAAACAGGAGGCACCAAGCCCAAAGGACUUGACUAAGUUCUACAUCGAUGGCCAAUAUGUCAGGCCGAUAUCCAAGCAAACAUAUGUCCUGCACAAUCCCAAAGAUGGCACCGUCGUUGCCGAUGCAGUGCCUAUCGGCGGUCCAGAGGAUGUCAACGCCGCAGUAGCAGCUGCAGAAGCCGCCUUCAGAGGGCCUUGGAGCAUGUUCACGGCCGCACAAAAGUCUGAAUGUCUCCGUCGCCUCGCCGACAUUUUAGAAGACAGGAUGGUCGAUAUUUUGACGUUAGAUUCACUCACAACUGGGAAUCCUGUUUCUUUGAUCCCUUCACGCGAGAAGGCGUACAUCAAGAACAAUUUGUUAUACUACUCUGGAUGGACGGACAAGCAAAAGGGGGACUACUACCCUGCAGACGACGGAUUUGUGAAACUGGUACGGCAUGAGCCUUUGGGCGUGUGCGUUGGGAUAAACCCAUACAACUCACCAGUCGCAUCCUUCAUUAUCAAAGCCGCCCCCUGUCUAGCCACUGGCAACGUGUUGAUAAUCAAGCCCUCAGAAAAAAGCCCGCUCGGAUCGCUGGCACUCGCUCCAAUGUUUGAGGAAGCCGGAUUUCCCAAGGGUGUGGUCCAGGUUGUGACUGGAGACGGACGGACUGGAGCGCUUUUUGCGAAGCAUAUGCGCGUACGGAAGGUCAGUUUCACUGGCAGUGUUGCGACGGGCAAGAAAAUCCAGAUAGCCGCCGCAGAAAGUAAUCUUAAAAGAGUCACCCUUGAGCUUGGCGGUAAGAGUCCGGCUGUAGUCUUCGAAGAUGCAAAUAUCGAAAAUGCUCUCAUUUGGACAGUCAAUGGAAUUCUAGCGCGAUCGGGUCAAGUUUGCGUAGCCGCAUCCCGAGUUUACGUCCAAAAAACCAUCGCCCAACAAUUCAUUGACAGAUAUUGCAAAAGAAUGAAAGAAGCCGCCCCGCGGCUCGGUGACCCUCAGGACCCCGAGACGACACUUGGGCCCCUCGCCGACGCAAGUAGCUUUGCCAAAGUCGAAGCGAUGAUCGAAAAUGGUAAAACAGAAGCCGAAUUGGUCGUUGGCGGUGCCAGGUACGGCGAUGCCGGCUGCUUCAUGGAGCCAACCGUAUUUCUUAACCCCCGGCCUGACGCAGAGAUCUAUAAGAACGAAGUCUUUGGACCGGUGGCUGUCAUCAAGACUUUUGAAAGCGAGGAAGAAGUGGUUGAACUGGCCAAUGAUACCGAGUUUGGGUUGAUGGCCGGUGUUUUCACGAAGGACAUCACUCGCGCGUUAAGGGUGUCGAGCAAUAUCGACUCAGGUGUUUGUGGGAUUAAUUGUAUCUCUUACAUGAACAUCCAGGCACCUUUUGGAGGAAAGAAGUCAUCAGGCAUAGGGAGAGAAUUUGGUGAAUAUGCUCUUCGUUCGUUCACGGAACCAAAAACAGUCUUGAUCAAGUAA